AUGAACGUGCUACUCUUUGCACCGGCAUUGUUCUUUAUUCUUCUACUGAACAUCGGCAUUUUGAGGACAGCCCUGAAUCUUUUCUGUUGUGCUGCUGUACAGGUAUACCUCGGUCUUCCAUUCCUCAAAGCUGACCCUAUUUCCUAUAUACGGCGGUCUUUCGAUCUUGGUCGAGUAUUUCUCUUCAAGUGGACGGUGAACUGGCGUUUUCUUCCUGAAGAGCUCUUCCUGUCUCCUCGACUCCACUUGACACUGCUCUCAUGUCACCUACUAGUUUUGGUGGUAUUUGGAUAUUACAUGUGGUUGAGAUCUCACGGAGGAUUGCGAUCCUCGCUCAUCGGACUUUACCACGGUAUACGAACGAAGAUUGGAGUUGGAGAGACGUUGUUUGCGUUAUUCUCUGCGAAUUUGAUUGGUAUUACGUUUGCUCGCUCCCUGCACUACCAGUUUUACAGCUGGUAUUACCAUCAGUUGCCUUUCUUAUUAUUUUGGAACUCGCAUGACAAAAUAAGUGGCAAACAGGCUCUUGCGGUACCUUGGAUGUCCAUUAUCAUAAAAGCAGCAGUUCUGAUUGGGAUAGAAAUUUGUUGGAACGUUUAUCCGUCAACAGUUCUAUCAUCGCUCUUCCUUCAUAUUUAUCACUUUGGUAUAAUUGUGUACUUGAUUGUGACCCGUAUUGAGCGACAAAAGCUCAAGGAAAAAUCUGCUUAA